CUCUUCACACCUCCCUCAACACCAAAUCAUCUAACAACCAAACUCAGACAAACAAAGCAUACCAGCGUCAGUUAUGGCAUGCGUUGAUCCCUUCCUCCAAUUCGAUGACGAGAGCUUUGCUCUGCAGCUUCAACUCGAAGAGAUCGAAGCUCAGCGUGAGCUUCAAUCCGGCAAAUGGACUGAAGAUAGUCCUCCGGACUUUGCAUUAGCAUUCGAUACCUUCGAGACCGAGUUGAAGAAGGCGCUUCUUCUUGUCGAGGACCCGAAGUUCGCUUACAGCAUUUGCUAAAGCUGUUGCUUCUGAUGCUGUGGCCAUUGAAGAAUCAAGAGUCGAGGAGACACAGUCGGGUCAAGAUCGAGACUUCGCGCUAAGCUUGAAUGUAGAUGAAAAUCUGCCAUCCCAGGAUGUCACCAAUUUGCCGGCGAUGUCUCGCCUCGGGGCGGAGUCAGUUGACUGGGAUCAUGUCCUGCGAGCUACAGAAGCUUCGACUUUCAGCGACAAGUCCUGUAGCACCGUUGCGGGCCCUUCGACCCAUUAUACUCUC